CUGUAUGAUCAGUUCCGGUGGCUGGACGUACUGCGGCGGGUUGCUGUGGACCACCCUUGGAAAAGUUCGAACAUGGAAAUCUGUUUCUCACUUUUACUCCACAGCAUAGCAACACUGGGCCUCGAUGGAUUACCAAAGCGUCGGUGGAAGUUUAGCCGGGAAUUACUGCUAAGUCGCUGCUGUCUACUAGCCCUGUUACUAGUGCUAUGCUGCCAGCUAACACCCACCGUUCAGGGAGUUCCCCGAAGACACACCGCCAAAGCUUACGAUGCAGAAGAGGGAUACUACGAGUCCGACGGUAGCUACGAGGAAGAUGACGACGAGCAGCACUACGGAACAGGUGAGACGAUCCAUCACGGUGCCGCCAACCCGCACGACGAUAACGAAUCUGUGGAAAUAGAGUACGAAGAGCAUGACGGACAUCAUCAUCAUUAUCAUCUACCGAACGGGGUCGCCGAGUCGGACGAAUCCAGCGAAGAUCAUACCGAAGAUGCUUUCAAUAACGCCAACCUGCUGGCCCAACUCGGCAUCCAGCAGAAGCUACCGGACGGGUACGGGAAGAGCAAGAAGAAAGGCAAACACUACGGACCGCCGCCGGUUACGAUCGCCGUCCCGUACCCGGUGCACAUCGAGCGAAAGGUUCCGGUGUUUAUCGAGAAGAAGGUUCCGGUGAUCGUGGAAAAGCAGGUGGAGGUGCCCGUCGACCGACCGUACGAGGUGCCCGUCCCGGUGAAAGUGCCCGUCCACGAGAAGGAAGUGAUACACGUGCCGAAACCGAUCGUCUUCAAUGUGGACCGACCGUACCCGGUGUUUGUGCACCGGACUGUGUUUGUGGACAAGUACCGGCCGUUCAAAGUGUUGAUCAAGUCGAGAACUCGCUACUAGACGCGCGUGUGUGUGUGACGGUUUAAAACU